UGUAAAAAAUUCGCUGUGUCAAUACUUUUUUGCGACAGUGUAUAACCACACACACACACACACCUACAUACAUACAUACUACAUUCAAAAGCAGCACAAUGGCAUAACGCAUGAAAAGUGCAAGUGAGCGUGCAAGAACGUGUUGUGAAUUUCAAACAAAGAAUGAAAUAAUUUCGAAAGUGCAGCAAGAAGUUGCAAAAAACGGAAGCAAAAAAUAAUGUUCGCAUAAAGCAUAGCGGAAAGCAAGAGAAAUUAUAGCGCAAAUAAUAGUCAAUGCGAAAAAGUGUGCAAAGGCUGAAAGCAUUCAGAAACAAAGCCGUGCACUUUUCGCCAAAGAAAUUGCGCAAACAUAUGCAAGUACAAAAAAAAAAAUCGAAAGUUUUAAAAGCGGAAAAGCAUUAAAGUGGUCAGCAAGUGUUGUGAAGUGAAGUGAUGUGAAACAACAAAAGUGAAAAUAGUGUGCAGGAAAUAUUUGUGUCACAAAGCAGAAGAAAAGAUUUCAUGUUUUUUUAUUUUUCCCCCGCCUACUUUUGUGCUUUUUGAAUUCUUCACAUUGUGGCCGCUGUGGCGUAUACGUAACAUGAAAAAAGCACAAUUUCGUUAAUGUUGGUUGUGUGUGCCACAGCAUAGCCGCUACAUAGUCGAUUGUGCGUGCGUGUUAAGCGGUGGUGCCUGCUGUUGCGCUGCGUAUUUAGGCGCUUAGUUAGUUGUGGCGUGUAUGCUCAAGGCGCGCAUGCUGCUGCUGCCAGAUUACGUUUUGCAACAUGGAUGGCGAAAAUCGGAUUAUACUCAAUGUGGGUGGCAUAAGAUAUGAAACUUACAAAGCAACUUUGAAAAAAAUACCCGCCACACGCUUAUCCCGCCUCACCGAAGCAUUGGCCAACUAUGAUCCGGUGUUGAAUGAAUAUUUCUUCGAUCGCCAUCCGGGUGUGUUUACGCAAAUACUCAACUAUUACAGGUAA